CCACUCUUUUCUGGCGGAAGCUCAGGCGGGCACAUUCUGAUUUUCGAGUCAAAACACAAUAAAAGUAAUAAUUAAACAUUAAUUAACUAAUACAUGACACAGUAUUCUGGAGCAACAUGACGGACAGUGACAGCGAUGACAGUGUGUCGUCCUACUUCUCUGCGUUGGAAUCGAACCCCAUGGAUGCAUCCAUAUGCUCUCCGCUGACAAGCCACGAGUUGGAGUCCCUGGAGCGGAAGCUAAACCAAAUAAUAUUUAUCCAGCAAACGGAUGUCAAGUACCAUACGGCCCUGCGUAACAUACGGGACCAGAGCAGCAUUUCGUUGCUGGUGGAGCCCAGCUUCUACGGACGCCACCAGCCCACAUCACUGUUGGCGGUGGCUACGGUCAAUGAGACCUAUGUCUUCGACAUUAGGGCCUUGGGAGCCAUUUUCAAGGAGCUGGCAGCAAUCCUGGAGGCGGAGCAGCCUCGCAAGGUUGUACACUACAGCCAUCGGAUCACCGAUCAUCUGGAUAAGCGACAUGGCAUUCAAUUGGGCGGAAUCUGGGACACCUUUGUUGUCCUAUGCGUGGCCCGCCGUGAGAAAACGCCCUGUUCACUGCCUGAGGCCAUAUCACUGAUAUUCGGACUGCCGCUAGAGGGGCUGCUCUGCGAAGAGGUCACCGGAGGCAUCGAGUCCCGCCGAAACUUCUCAGCCCGACCACUCACCCAGAGUCAGUUGCGCUAUCUCGCCAGGAUGGCCAUACUGCAGCACAGGAUGCACGAUCGUCUGAUAUACGGCAACAUUUGCUCCGGAGUGCAGCGCAUGUCUCAGGCUUUCAGCCAGAAGUACACCGAUCUCCCGAUGUCCAGCGAGGUUGCUGUGAACAUGGCUCCCGGCAGUCACUUUGGAUUCGGCGCAAUAAAUUCCAACUACAAAUUGGUCGCGGGCGACAACGGGGUCUCGCUGCCGACCGCCAAGGAAAUCGAUGAUCACGAGAUGAAGCAACGAAAAUGACGCAAGUGAAAGGAGAUCUGUUCCUAUGUUCCCAGCCAUAUUUGCAUGUAGACUGAAUCGAUUAAGUUGUUCAUUCCCGCCUGGACCUCGUUCAUCUGUCCAUUCCCACAUAGCAUACUCCCAUCUGGAUCUCAAUUCAUUCGACUAUAUAUAAUAUAUAUAUAAUGGCUGCCAUAGGAAAACGUGGAAUAAUUGCCUGAAUUUAAAAAUGUUCAUAAUCAAAACCAAGAAAUCUCCUAAGAUAAGAAUAUAUAUUAAGGAUAGUACAGGUGUAGCUACUUGUUAACUAUUUCCUGGGUCUCUCCCUAGGACAUUGUUUACUUUGAAAUAAAACUAUACUUCGUCGAAGUGCGAUGAUAUCAUAAAGCAGAAAGCACAAAUAAAAUGAAUCCUUGCCUGUUUUUGAAAUCAAUGAUUGUUUCUUUGUUUCCUUCAACGCAGGUUUGCAAGCUUCUGACUAAAA